UCCAUUCAGUGGAUCAGUGGAGCUCGGAAUAUAAAUUCAAUCCCCUCAGCGACGUAUUUUGACGAAGAAAAGCAAUUUUCAGAGGCACUGACGCCUCAUUAUUACGCGCAGUUGUUGACAUCACAGUCCACGCAAUCCGCUAUUACUUUUACAAGAUUUCAAACAACCUUCGGAAUUUCUUAACUCCAGUGUUAUUAGUCCUAGCACUUUUUUCCUCGAGUUGUUAAGGGAAUCGGUGACACAAUGAAGAGUCUUAUUGUCGUCGUGGCAUUGCUCGCCACUGCCCAGGCUGUUUCGUUCUACGACCUUGUGGUCCAGGAAUGGGGCACAUUCAAGCUUCAACACGGGAAGAAUUACAAGAGUGACGUCGAGGAGAAGUUCAGACUGAAGAUAUUCAUGGAGAACAGGCACACAAUAGCCAAGCACAAUGCCAAGUACGAGCAGGGGCUUGUGUCGUACAAACUCGAUAUCAAUAAAUAUGGAGACAUGUUGCAUCAUGAGUUCGUCCACGCAUUGAAUGGCUUCAACAAGACGGGGAAAAUGGGGUUGAAGGAGAGCAGGAAACCCGUUGGAGCGAAAUUCAUCGAACCAGCUCACGUUGAACUCCCGAAGACUGUUGACUGGAGAGAGCAUGGCGCAGUUACACCUGUGAAAGAUCAAGGCCACUGUGGAUCGUGCUGGGCUUUCUCAGCUACCGGUAGCUUGGAAGGUCAGCACUUCAGACACAGUGGUUACCUCGUUUCCCUCAGCGAGCAAAAUCUGGUCGAUUGCUCCGGCAAAUACGGAAACAAUGGCUGUGAGGGAGGUCUCAUGGACCAGGCCUUCCAGUACAUCAAGGCCAACCGCGGUCUAGACACUGAGAAAACUUAUCCAUAUGACGGAGAGGACGAGAAAUGCAGGUACAAUCCACGAAAUAGUGGAGCUGAAGAUGUUGGUUUCGUCGACAUUCCACAGGGCGAUGAGCAGAAAUUGAAGGCAGCUGUUGCCACUGUGGGUCCUGUCUCCAUUGCCAUCGAUGCGUCACACCAGUCAUUCCAAUUCUACUCCGAAGGUGUUUACGACGAGCCUGAGUGUUCGAGUGAAGAAUUGGAUCAUGGAGUCCUCAUCGUUGGAUAUGGAACAGACGAGAAGGGUGGAGAUUACUGGCUUGUCAAGAACAGCUGGGGACCCUCCUGGGGUGAGAAGGGAUACAUCAAGAUGUCUCGUAACAAGAAUAAUCAGUGCGGUAUCGCCACCUCAGCUAGCUACCCCCUCGUUUAAUAAUCUGGCCGAUACUCCACGUAGCAAAAUGUGAUGAGUGUUGUCUGGACGGUUCAUAUUUUUCUAUUCUACUCUCUCGAAAUCAUUCAAGGCGUGAUAUAGUGACGUUUAUUUUCUUAUGAUUCCAUGACGCAUGAACAUUCUUGAUUGAGGAUUACAAGCUCGCAUUCUUUUAGUCGUUCAACGGCUCGUACUUUUAAUUACUUUAAUUGCAUUUUUGUAUGGAAAAUAGUGAUUGUAUUUUUAGGAUUAAGGGAGCAUGUGUGAUCAAUAAAAAAAUAAUUGGUGAUUCAUUUUU